AUGCGGUCGAGUCAGAUGCAGCUGUCGACGCGUGAGACAAAGAGGAAACUGUCAGAGCCAAUAGCAGGCGACGAUAGCGCGAAGAGGACAAUGAGCGGCAGAGGCAAAGGAGGUAAAUUGCGGGCUAAAGCGAAGACGAGGUCGGCGCGAGCUGGUCUGCAAUUCCCCGUGGGUCGUGUGCACCGCCUGUUGCGUCGUAGCAACUACGCGGAGCGCGUGGGUGGGUGCUAG